UGAGUUUUCAACUCUACAUACACACGAUGAAACCCUUUUCCAGUUUUUGAAACACAAACUAAACUUCUUUCUUCUUCCUUCUUCUUCUCGUAUACAUCACAUAACACAAGCAAACAACAAUGGAUUCCGACAGAAAAUUAUCCGACACGAUUGUCGGAAAAUCAGCCAGAGCUUGCGACAGCUGUAUCAAGAAACGCGCCCGCUGGUACUGCGCCGCCGACGACGCCUUCUUGUGCCAAUCGUGCGACUCUUCAGUCCACUCAGCAAACUCUCUUGCUCGCCGCCAUGAAAGGGUUCUUCUCAAAUCUGCAUCAAUCCACAAGAUUAAAUCUGAGCCGUCCAAUUGGCAUCAGGGUUUCACCAGAAAAGCAAGAACACCCCGCCACAAAAAGAAUGGCAAAGCAGCUGCAGCACUCUUUUCGAAUACUAACCACCCUCUUCCUCUCGUGCCUGAGAUUAAUAAUUCCAGUGAAGAAAAAUCAAACGAAGAAGAAAACGAGGAGCAGCUUCUUUAUCGGGUUCCGAUUUUCGAACCCGUGUCUGAUUUUAUUACACACGAAGCAAACACUUCAGAAAGGAAUAUUCUUGCUCCGCCUUCGUCGUCGGGAAUGGAUCUUGAUGAGUUUGCGGAGUGCUUACUUGGAAAAGGGAUGGACGAUUUUCAUGAAUCUUUUAAUAAUAUGGAAGGAUUAGGUUUUCUCGAUGAUUGCGACGACGAAAAUGGCGGGAGAGGAUUGUCUUCGAACGAGUUAUUUUGGCUAAGCGACGAGAGUGUGAAGGUCGAAGAAAAUCAUCAUCAAAUUGAGGUUGAAUUUGAUAUGGGGAGGGAAACUUUUGAGCUGAAUUUCGACUUCGAUUACUCUCCCACUAGGGGCGAAGAACAAGAACAAGAAGAAGAAGAAAUAGCCGCGUUUAAUAAUUUUGAGAAUUUCGCGAUGGAGAAUUACGAAAAGACCCUUUUGAAGCUAGAUUACGGUGGCGUGAUGUCAGCUUGGGACAAACACAAGUCUCCGUGGACCACCGGAGAACGGCCGCCGGAGCCUAUUUCCGGUUGCCACUGGCCUGAAUUCUCGGGCGCAUGUGGAACUAUGGGUGUGAACGGAGAAACCGGGAAGAUAAAUGAGAAUAUUCCGGCAGCGGCCACAGGAGACGGAGGAAGAGAAGCUAGGGUUUCUAGGUAUAGAGAGAAGAGGCGAAAGAGAUUAUUUUCGAAGAAAAUAAGGUACGAGGUUCGGAAACUGAAUGCCGAAAAGAGACCUAGAAUGAAAGGUAGGUUCGUUAAGAGAGCUAAUCUUGAGGCACCUGCGUUUUCGUUACUCAAUACAUAGGUCACAUGUUAUAUAUCUACAUAAUGUGUGUAUGUAUUAUAUAUGUAUGUACAUUGGGUGUAGAUAUAUAAAUAUAGUAUUUGGUGUAAAUAAAUGAGUAAAAAUCAGUUAAUGUACAUAUAUAUAUUGAUUACAUUUGGUGUAACAUGAAAAUUGACAUUGCAAAAAAGUGCCCCUAAUUUCAUUUCAAGCAAUACCAAUUAUAUGAGUUUAAACCA